GGCUGUGAUGAUCAGCGUGUCACCACAACCUCUCUGACUCCACCUGAGAACCGGCUAGACAACAGCUCAGCUCAGAGUCACUGCUGCCGACACAGAAGACAGAGGAAGACAUGGUGUCAAUCAAAGCUACGGCGAUGGUGAUCGCGCUCCUCGUCUUUUGUCUGCUGGCCUCAGACACGUCUGCCGUGUCCUAUGGAUGUUGUCGAGGUUACACAAAAGGCAGAAUAUCAUUUAAAUCAAUAAAGGGAUACUCAGUCCAGACUAUCAGCGAGGUGUGCCAUAUCAAUGCCAUCAUUUUCCACACACGUAACGGGCAAGUAUGCACUAAUCCUGCCUUGAACUGGGUGAUGGACUACAUCGACAAAAUAAGGAACAGAGCGCGAAAGGUUCACAUCAACAGCUCACAACAACAGAAUUAGAGUUUCUCAGCUUUGUGAAGAAACGGUGGAGCUCAGCUGCAGCUGCUGUCGUUCUCAGCGCUGGUAUCCAGGAACCAGAGAGGGUUCACAGCUUUAUCAUUCAUUUAUUUCAUUUAUAUCCUGCUAAAAAAUGUGCCUUUAUGACUGACAUAUAUGAUUCCAAAACAUUGUUUAACUUUUAUAUUUUUAUAUUUUUUGUAAUAAAAGAUAAGAUGUUAUGUUUUCACUUGUUGUAAAAUGAAAAGAUUAAAGUUUUGUAUAAAAAAGAA